AUUGGACGGGGCCCGAGUCGAGGAUAGUUAAUGGAAAGAAGAGCUGAGACCCCCGGCAGUGUGUUGUAAACUGUUUGUUGGAGGGUUACAAGAAGCGAUCACAUCGCCUCUUCUCGCUGCUGGCUUUUUCUUUCACCUGACCGCGCGCUGAAGGCAGACGAUCACUGGCUACCGUGGCAGACGACACAAAACCACGCAGACGACCCUUGCACAGCGCUGGACAUUAGUUACACAUUCCGCUUGCAGUAAUUGCUGUUAACAUGAGCUUUGAUUUUGACUGGAAAAACAGAAUAUCAGAGAUAAUCGUGUAAUUGAAACGCUGAAAUUCAACAAUAGCGUCUCUAUUUGCAUUUGCGUAUUUGAGAAAAGUCCAAUCUUAUCACUUAAAGAGGUCACUGAGAAUACAUAAAUCACGGGAACGAAACGAGCAACCUCCAGUAAAAAUGGAGAGCCUCCAUCGAAAGCCCGAAGUCUUAUGCUUGGUUUGCGGGGACAAGGCUUCAGGCAAGCACUACGGGGUACAAAGUUGUGACGGUUGUCGAGGCUUCUUUAAACGCAGUAUCAGACGCAACCUGGAGUACGUAUGUAAGGAGAACGGGAACUGUGUUGUAGACGUGGCCAGGAGAAACCAGUGCCAAGCCUGCCGUUUUAGAAAAUGUUUGGAAGUUAAAAUGAACAAAGAUGCUGUUCAGCACGAGCGAGCCCCCAGAUGCUACCAAUAUAAACGCGACAGUCCAGACAUAAUGAAGUCCGCAGACGACAGUCCCUUCCCGCCAUCCGCCUUCCUGGACAGAACGCGAUUUGAGUAUACACAGUUUCAUCAGUACAGUCCCCCCAUUGGCCUCACGCCAGACUUCGGUUACCAUGGCUCCCAACUUUAUCAACCGUCAGCGUUAAACAUGAUCUCUGACAUUAAAAGGACAUCAUCAGUGGUCAGUUUGCCCAAGGAGAACGCUCAACUGGACAAGUCCAGUUCGGCAUCUUCAGCUUCACAGAGGAACGAACAAGAGUUAAGCGUUGAAAAGAAAGAGAGGAUGGCGAAAAAUGACGAAGACAGCCGCCCAUGUUCAACUGUUUCGUCACGUUCGGGUGAUCUGAAUGACGACAGAAAAAGUGCAGAACCAAAACAAGAGAAGAAGUCCAGUUUGUCAGUUUCUCCUUCCAUCUCAUCUCCGCCCACACACCUUACAGUGCCAUCUUCACACGUCACAUCUUCUGCGGACCACGUCACCAGUUUGCGUGCACACGUCACAGCCACGGCCCCGUCAUUUCUCACCCACCCUAUUCAGUUUCCGUCCCUGCCAAUAUUAGAACAGAACAUGUAUAUGACUGCUGCCGCUGAAAAUAUCUACGAAGCUGCGGCAAGACUGUUGUUUAUGUCGGUGAAAUGGGCCAGAAAUAUUCCGUCCUUUCUCCAGUUGCCGUUCAGAGAUCAAGCAAUCCUGCUGGAAGAGUCUUGGAGUGAGCUCUUCAUUCUCAGCGCUGCCCAGUGGUCAAUGCCCAUUGAUAUAGGCACUUUGUUAGGAACAAACAGCCUAGACACACGGCAAGUGGACAAGUCGUCUCUGAUAUUACAAGUACGGGCACUGCAAGAUAUUCUGACACGGUUCAGUCAGCUGCGGGUGGAUUCCACAGAGUACGCCUAUCUGAAAGCAUUGGUUCUGUUCAAAUCUGAGGUGCGCGGACUACGAGACUCUCUCCAAGUGGAGGCACUGCAAGACCAGGCGCAGCUGAUGCUUCAAGACUACUGCCUCACCCAGCAACCAGGGAGCAAGGUGCGCUUCGGGAAAGUGUUGUUACUGAUGCCCGCCGUACGCACGGUCAGCCCACGAACCAUAGAGGAUUUGUUCUUCCGCCGAACGAUCGGGAGUAUCCCCAUAGAGCGAUUGUUGUGUGACAUGUUCAAGUCAAGCUAGGUUCCUGGAUUAAAUGUCACAGCGAUGGCGCUGAGGGAAGCGACAAGAUGCAGUACUGUGAGCGCUUUGAUGUUGGAAUUAGACCCUUGACAAGAUGGUGGUUUUGACAGAGCUGCAUUCACUGCAACAAGACAAAGUUAUGUCAUUGGUUUAUGUUUAUUUUUGUCCCAGUUUUGAUUCCUAGUCACAGAACAUUAUGGACAUAAUAAUGAAGUGAUUUUGGAAAGUUUGCGCAAAACCUUUAUUUCUUUAUGUGAUACGUUGUCAUCAUAUGGCCAUAUUUUUGCACAUCUACCGCUGCUGAGACACCAGAACUUUGUCAUGUUGAAAACCCUAGAUCAAAUCCAGGACAAUUUGUUGAGAUUUUCCAUUAUUAAUGUGAACUUUGAAUAAUGCCGUCCUCAUAUUUUUCAAGAAGUUUAAUACGCAUCAUUAUAUGACCAUACCUUAAAUGAAUUGUUGUCCCUAUAAUGCCAAUAUGGCAGACUUAGCGGCAGGGUCGAUUUGAUGAAAAUGGUAUAUGACUUAAUGUUCAGCAUAAUGAAUAAGUCGUUGUUAAUGGCAACUUAAUGUGAAUUUUGUCUAAAUGUGAAAAUAAUAUGAAUUAUUUCAUAAUGUGUUCGAAAAAUCCGAAUGCAAUUCCUAAAUCUGAAACGUAAAAUUGGACAUUUUGAUCGGUAUUGGGGAAACGUUGUGAAAUUCAAAAUUAGCUUAAAGUGUCGUGUUGGACCCAUAUCACUUUGAAGUUUUUUGAAUGUACAAGAAUCUGAACGAUGAUCAGUAUUAUUGUAAUAUUUAUUUCUGUUGGUGCCGUAGGUUUGGUGAUAUAUAUGUAUAUAUAAAGAACAAUGUCAAUUUAUAAUUAUUUGCAGUCUUUUCUUUUUUAAUUCUCUGAAAAGGCAAGUUUGUUCCCCCUUUUUUGCUUAUGACAGGAGCUAGCAAGACGCCAGCAGAAAGCCACGUUCCAUGUUGUUGUGUCGUAUAGACUUAAAGCAAACAAUUAUACCUUUCAUAUUCUGUCAUACUCUGUCAUAUUUGGAUUUAAAUUAGAGUACUAGCGGCUACCCAAACUCAGUGAAAAAACGCAGCUAAUAUUCAGUAAGUAAUCAGUGCUUUCAGUAUAUAACUGAAAAAAGAAAAAAUAUAAAAGUACAAAUAUUAGCUUAUUAGAUUCAAGCCAACAUUACC